UGACUGCAAGAGAAGGCGUAAUGGAGCGGUGCCUUAUGUCCUUGCAAUGGUCGUCAUUUUAAUAUCAUUUGGCAGGCGGGAGUUACAAUGAAGGCCGGGGCUUCCUCUAUGUGGGCGUCGUGCUGUGGCUUGCUGAAUGAGGUGAUUGGUACAGGGGCAGUGCGCAGUCAGCCACCGGGUUUUGGGGGCGGGGCGGGGCCCUUCCGUUUUGCCCCCAGUGCCGGGUACUCCGCCUACCCUUCCACAAGCCCCGCCUCCUCAGGCAGCGGCCUAGUGUGCAAGGCCUGUGGUCUUGCCUUCUCUGUCUUCAGACGCAAGCACGUGUGCUGUGACUGUAAGAAGAGCUUCUGCUCGCUGUGUUCCGUGCUACAGGAGAACCUGCGCAGGUGUGCCACCUGCCACCUGUUGUGGGGCACGGCUUUCCAGAGGCCCCGCCUCAUGCGCCUGCGCGUCAAAGACCUGCGCACAUACCUGACGCUGCGCAACAUCAACACAGACACCUGCCGAGAGAAGGAGCACCUGGUGGAUCUGGUACUCUGCCACUUGGGGGCGCAGCUGGGGCCGGGCGAGGAGGAUGAGGAUGACGAGGAGGAGGAGGUGGCAGACACUGACAGCCUGCACUCGCAACUGCACUCUGUGGUUACUCCGCCCCCCAGGGCCGCACGCUCCGCCUCUCAGCAGUCUGUCCUGUCUAACCCUGCCUCUCAGGGAGAAGUGCUCAGUCCUAGUAACAGCCCUACCAACAGCUCAGGAACCAGCCAGGAUCAUGGGGAAGUUGCCUCUGUUUCUCUUUUAUAUCUGGAGCCCAGUGCACAUUUCCUAGAGACGAGUCCCGUGACUCAGAGGCGAGCACGGGCCUCUCUCUCCGACCUGUCCCGGGAGGAUGACAUCGAGGGCCUGACAGUACGGCAGUUGAAGGAGAUUCUGGCCAGAAAUUUUGUCAGUUUCUCAGGCUGCUGUGAGAAGUGGGAGCUGGUGGAGCGCGUCCACCGCCUCUACAGAGAGACCCAGAUCAACCGCACUUCCAUGGAAAAUGUCAGUACCAGCGUCACUGCAGUGGUGGCGUACCCGCCUCCGAUAUGUGAUGGAGGUGUUGGAGAUGGCUCUGCUGUGGCCCCUUUGGGUGUGCUGGAUGAGAACCUGUGCAGAAUCUGCAUGGACGCUGUGAUCGACUGUGUCCUUCUGGAAUGUGGUCACAUGGUCACGUGCACCAAGUGUGGCAAGCGGAUGAGUGAGUGUCCCAUCUGUAGGCAGUACGUGGUCCGGGCUGUGCAUGUCUUCAAGUCCUAACCCGGAUCUCCACCCGGAUCUACACCCAGCCCUACACCCAGAUAUACACCCGGAUCUACACCCACAUCUACACCUCCACACCCACAUCUACACCCAGCCCCACACCCACCUCUACACCCACAUCUACACCCAGCUCCACACCCACAUCUACACCCAGCUCCACAGCUCCUGAGAAGCUCCCCCAGGGUGCACGUGGACAUGGCACUCAGUGGUGCCCCCUUCGCUUCCAUCUGAUGUGGAGGUCAAAAUUUCUAGUGGGAACUUUUCAGCUGGUCAUAAUGCAACUGUUUUCUUUGCUUGUUUCACACACUGAUGCUCGUUAUGUGCUUAUGACUUUGCGUUAGUCUGUACAACUAACCCAGGGUGAGUCGUAGAGGAACAGUGUCAGAUAGGCUUUGAUAUGGUUUACAUUCCUUCAGAUUUCUAAUGUGCAAUAUUAGAUUAUUAAGAAAUGUUAAGUGUGUGAUUUAGAGGGUGUAACGUGAGAAGAGCGAACCAUCUGCCAUUAAAAAGCGCUGCAGGGGCCAGCAGUGUGAUGGACACAGCGUCCAGGACUUCAGUGCCAGAUCUCACCACUACCGUGUUAGUGCGUCAGUGAAGAGCCAAGCCACACAGAGCUGGAAAGCCCAGGACUAGCUAGGAGUGGACCCAGCACUUUAUACCUACAACAGAGAACAUCACCGCACUGAGGCAGAACCGAGGCAGAGACCGAGGGAGUAACAGAGAUGGAGAGAAAGACAGACAGAUGAAUACAGAAGAGGUUUUACAUUAUCUAUAGACAUCCAACGCUCUGCCUGGGAGAAAGAGAGAGACAGACAGAGAGAGACAGACAGAGAGAGAUGGAUACAGAAAGACAGACAGAGAGAGAUGGAUACAGAAAGACAGGUUUCAGUCCAACCAUGCAGCCACUCCAGCAGCCGAAAUGUAGCCAGUGAUCUCUUUAAUCUGUUGGGUUUAUGUUGGUCUGAUCUCUUUAAUCUGUUGGGUUUAUGUUGGUCUGAUCUCUUUAAUCUGUUGGGUUUAUGUUGGUCUGAUCUUUUUAAUCUGUUGGGUUUAUGUUGGUCUGAUCUCUUUAAUCUGUCGGGUUUAUGUUGGUCUGAUCUCUUUAAUCUGUCGGGUUUAUGUUGGUCUGAUCUCUUUAAUCUGUCGGGUUUAUGUUGGUCUGAUCUCUUUAAUCUGUUGGGUUUAUGUUGGUCUGAUCUCUUUAAUCUGUCGGGGUUGUUAGUCUGAUCUCUACUCUGUCAGGUUUGUUAGUCUGAUCUCUUUAAUCUGUCGGAGUUAUGUUAGUCUGACCUCUUUAGUCUGUCAGGUUUAUGUUAGUCUAAUCUCUUUAAUAUGUUAGGGUUAUGUUAGUAUGAUCUCUUUAAUCUGUCGGGGUUAUGUUAGUCUGAUCUCUUUAAUAUGUCAGGGUUAUUUUAGUCUGAUCUCUUUAAUCUGUCAGGGUUAUUUUAGUCUGAUCUCUAAUCUGUCAGGGUUAUUUUAGUCUGAUCUCUAAUCUGUCAGGGUUAUUUUAGUCUGAUCUCUUUAAUAUGUCAGGUUAUGUUAGUCUGAUCUCUUUAAUCCGUUAGGGUUAUGUUAGUCUGAUCUCUAUUCAGUCUGAACAGUUCAUAGUGUUCCGUGAACAGACACAGCUCACCGCGCUGCUUGCAGGUAGUCCAGUGGCAGUAUUUCUUUCACUUAGCCCUCCAUGUUUUUGUUUUUGUUUUUGUUUAUUGUUAUCUUGAGCAAUACCAUUAGAGUUGUCCUUCCUUUGCCGUCUGAUUCUUUUUGCGGUGCUACAUGGACUGUAAUUCUAUUUAUCCUCAUUUUCAGCUCUUACUGAUUAGAUUUUAAUCAGACAGACGCUAUUUUGUUUCCUUGUGAAUGUGUUUUUGAUAUUAAUAUUUUUCCAGCAUAGUAAAUAUGUACCCAGUCGUAGAACAGGGCUCGUCUGUCCCGACCAUCACCGUCACAUUAGAAUAUCAUAUCCACAUAGAAAAUAGAAAACAAAACUGCUUACUGUACAAUAAAUCACAUUUUUGAUAAA